CACACGCGGCUUCAUUCUGACAGCACUUGCGCCGCACGCUCUUAAAUUUGGCCCUCGCCGGUUGCCGUUUAAGCCUGUACGUGGCAGUCACAGAGCAGUACACAGCAGCCGAGGCUGGUGCGGCUAACGUUUUUCUCCGGCAACAAUUUCCCUCAUACAGACUGACAUCCUGCACUCUUACAGAUUACACUGAAGCGAGGACGCUCUUUAUAUCACCUGACUUGUUGUGACGCCCGCUAUAAAACAUUUUGAAACAUGUUUACCGUGUCGGAGCUGGUUGUCUUGCUGGCCGUCCUGUCCGCCACUGCGUCCGGCUACUUCGUUAGCAUAGACGCCCAUGCCGAGGAGUGCUUCUACGAGCGGGUCAACUCUGGCACAAAGAUGGGCCUCAUGUUUGAGGUUGCAGAAGGAGGCUUCCUGGACAUCGAUGUCGAGAUAACAGGACCUGAUGGUAAGCAGAUUUACAAAGGGGACAGAGAGUCAAGUGGGAAAUACUCUGUGGCAGCACACAUGGACGGAACAUACAAGUUCUGCUUCAGCAACAAGAUGUCAACCAUGACACCCAAGAUCGUCAUGUUCACGAUUGACAUUGGAGAGGCCCCUAAAGGCCAGGACAUGGAGACAGAAGGUGGUGACAGCUGGGAUGCCCACCAAAACAAGCUGGAGGAGAUGAUCAAUGAGCUGGCAGUUGCUAUGACUGCUGUAAAGCAUGAGCAGGAGUACAUGGAGGUUCGUGAGAGGAUACACAGAGCAAUCAAUGACAACACAAACAGCAGAGUGGUGCUGUGGUCGUUCUUUGAAGCUCUGGUUCUGGUGGCCAUGACACUUGGACAGAUUUACUACCUGAAGAGAUUUUUUGAAGUACGGCGAGUGGUUUAGUGCGAUUAAACGGUCCAUCUGUGUCCUUCACUGAUUUCUCCAACACCAAGACAGUUAUUUACACUCUGGAAAUGAGACUGGCAGAUUUGAGUAAAGCCUACAUAUGAUUGGAUCUCAGAUGUUUUGUUCACCUGUUACCUAUUUGGUUCCUUCUUUAUAAAUGUAAUUAGUGUUUGUUUUGAACGAAUGGCCAAAAAAUUCUGGGAUAGAUGUCAGAUUUCAUUAGUCAUUUCUUUUUUUUGUGUACAUUUGUCCAAUAUUGUUAAUUUCAGUCAAGUACAACUCACUUGCCUGUACAGUUUUACCUGUGUGAAUUACUGUGAGGCUCAUAAUUUUAAGUAAAGGCAGACAGAAGAAAAAGACGUUUUAUCUAAGGAUCCCAUUAUAAGCACAUGGGUGUGCCUCUAGUCUUCUUCCUACAGUCAAGGAAGGUCCAUAAUUGGAUAGCCCUGUGUGGAGUCCUAACAGGAGAAUUUAAACAUUGAAAUGGGACCCAUUUCAUAAGAUACGCAUGAAAACAGAAAUCAUUUGAUUUUCUUUGUCUGAGAUGCUGGAGUUGUGUUUUUUUCUAGCGUCUAAGCCAAGUCAGACAGUGUGCUGGCAGAUAUGUGAUAUCUGUACUUUGUGUUUAUGCUCUCAAACAACAAAUUGCACUCCUGAUAAAUGCAUCUAAAUAUCUGAAGGAUUUUCACUGCAGCUGGUAUUUUAAGGGAAACUGUACGGCUUUUAGCUCUGUCUGUUGAUUCAUAGCAAUCCACGCUGCGGGGGAAAGGGGGCUUCAUUGGGCUUCUUUUUCAGGGAAACUGUGACUCCCUACGUAGGUCAGAACAUGGCAACAGUCAAGUGGUUUCUUGGCCUAAGAGUUCACAAGUUGGUUUAAUUUUCAAACACUUACAUUUCCACAUUUCCACUUAGCAUGAAGACCUUGAAGAGCUGAGGUUGGGUUUGAUUUUAAACUGAACUAUUUGGAGUAAAGCUUCAAAGUAAGGAGUACUGAAAUAACUUGUUACAUGUUGGUUGAUUGAGGGCGGGUGGGGGGGGGGGAGUCUGACACCUAAUGACUGCUGUGUGCUUUAGUUGCUUCUACUAUAGUUUUGUCGGGGUUAGGGAUUUUAAAUUAUAUGAUUGUAUACAAUUUUGAAGUUUUUUUUUUUCAGGAGCAUAUCCUUUGACGUGCAACUAUUUGGAUGACGCUUUUCAAAUCAAUAUCUUUUACCUUUUUAUUUCCCCAUCCAUCAAGGUAAAAAAUAAAAAACCUUACGUCCACGGCAUUAGCUUCAUAUCUAGUACACAGCUGCAACAUUGUGAGUGUUGCGUGUCACUGAAUAUGCUCCGGUUUUGUAUUAAAAACAAUCUUGGGUGAGCUCUGAACGGUAAACUGCUCUGUACACAGUUUCUCCUUUUUUUUGUGAUUACAACAACUAAAUCUGGUAAAUGGAUCUGUACAAAUGUAGAAUGAUUGUCUGUGGAAAAAAAAGCCCCAGGUUUCAUAAUAAAGCCAAUAUUCUGUACA